AUGGAUAAAAGAGCCUCAGUUCCGGUCACGUUGCCCAAGAACAAUCCGACCAUUGCCUACUGGCAAGACCCCCCGGAUGAAAUAGCGGACCUCCGUUCUACUCCGCAGCUCCCAAAGACAGCUGAUCUUGUUAUCAUCGGAUCUGGGAUUACUGGUGCAAGUAUUGCGUAUAAUGUCCUUUCUAGAGCGCCAAACACGAAGGUGGUGAUGCUGGAAGCAAGGCAGGCAUGCAGUGGUGCAACAGGCAGAAAUGGUGGGCAUACUAAGGCGGCUUCGUAUACGACCUUUCCCAUCAACGUGGAAAGUGUAGGUCUCGAAGACGCUAUCAAAAUCGCUAAACUGGAAUAUAAUACCAUCAAGCAAAUCCAUGCUUUUGCCAGAGAACACAGUAUUCCUUGUGACAAUCGGGAACUUGAAACCGUGGAUAUAGUCUACGAUCAAGCGAUAUGGGACGAAUCGGUUAGGGCGAUUGAACUUAUGAAGAAGACUAUGCCUGGUGAUCCAGCAAGUCGAUAUACACUGUGGAGCAGCACGGAUGCCGAAGAAAAGUUCUUGUGUCCUGGGGCUGUGGGAGCCAUUACCUAUGAAGCUGGGAGUCUCAGCGCCUAUAAAUUUGUUGUUGGACUCUUAAAGCUGUGCCUUUCAAAGGGGCUGAACCUUCAAACGAAUACCCCGAUGACCCGAUUUUCCCGACAUGGCAAAGACUAUUGGGCUCUCGAGACAGAACGAGGGACUGUAUAUGCCCACAAAAUCGUGUUAGCCACGAAUGGGUACACCGCAGCUAUCUGUCCUGAACUUCAAGAGGUAAUUGUCCCCCUUCGUGGACAGGUAACCGCCCAUCGACCCGGAACAAACAUGCCAAAAGCCGGGCUAAACAGAUCUUACUCGUUCAUCUACGGAAAGGGCUUUGAGUAUAUGAUUCCACGCCCACCGGGCUCCAAAUACGAGGGUGAUAUUGUCAUUGGGGGCGGUUUGGCAAUCGCCAAAGAGGACGGGCUGUAUCAGUACGGCACAGUUGACGAUACCACUACCGACCCAGACAUCCUUGAGUACCUCACUGCGACCACGCAGCGAUAUUUUGGGAAGAACUGGGGUCAAGACCAUCCCGCUGGUCGAAUCAGGAAGCAUUGGUCAGGAAUCAUGGGAUUCACUGCAGAUGGGCACCCACUGGUUGGAGAGAUACCGGGAGAACCUGGUCUAUAUAUUUCCGCCGCUUUCCAAGGCCAUGGUACGUUCUGA